AUGGACACAAAUGGACACAAGAGCUUGUCUAUGGACACAAGAGCUUGUCUAUGGACACAAGAGCUUGUCUAUGGACACAAGAGCUUGUCUAUGGACACAAGAGUUUGUCUAUGGACACAAGAGUUUGUCUAUGGACACAAGAGCUUGUCUAUGGGACACAAGAGCUUGUCUAUGGACACAAGAGUUUGUCUAUGGACACAAGAGCUUGUCUAUGGACACAAGAGUUUGUCUAUGGACACAAGAGCUUGUCUAUGGACACAAGAGUUUGUCUAUGGACACAAGAGCUUGUCUAUGGACACAAGAGCUUGUCUAUGGACACAAGAGUUUGUCUAUGGACACAAGAGCUUGUCUAUGGACACAAGAGCUUGUCUAUGGACACAAGAUUACAGGGUGUUGGUAGGGGCGCCGGAAGCUCAGACGUCACAGCCGGAAGUAUGGCAGGGCGGGGCAGUGUACCGGUGUCAUCCUGCAGUGUCCGGGAGCUGUGAACCCGUCCCCUUUGACCUCACUGGUAACCACUACGAUAACGAUAACGGACAACAGAUGGAUAACAAGAGUAUGCAGUGGUUCGGUGCCUCACUGGCCAGCCAGAGCGGCGUUAUUGUGGUGAGUAACGUACCAGUUAUACACGCUAAACACACUAAUAUACAGUGUGUUCACUGUAUAAUUGCAGUGUGUUCCGGGGGUCAAUGCCCCCGAGUUAUUGUUCUUGUUAUUGUUCUUGUUAUUGUUCUUGUUAUUGUUCAUGUUAUUGUUCGUGUUAUUGUUCGUGUUAUUGUUCUUGUUAUUGUUCUUGUUAUUGUUCAUGUUAUUGUUCGUGUUAUUGUUCAUGCUAUUGUUCUUGUUCUUGGUAUUGUUCAUGUUAUUGUUCUUGCUAUUGUUCAUGUUAUUGUUCUUGCUAUUGUUCAUGUUAUUGUUCGUGUUAUUCUUGCCAUUUACAAAACCUACCAGAUGUACUCUCCCUGCAUGACCCCUUCCUGGGGCUACCACCGUCAGGGUUCCUGUCAAGCUGGCAUCAGCACCACCCUAACACAGAACGGGAAUCGUCUCUAUGUGGGAGCCGUUGGCAGCUACUACUGGCAAGGUCAGGUGUUCUACCAGAAUCUGUUGGAUCGCCAGGAAGCUCUGGCGACAGGUGAAGGUCCUAAGGUAGACGACAUGUCGUACCUGGGGUACUCUGCUGCCUCUGGGGAUUUUACUGGGGACGGUGUGGACGACCUGGUGGUGGGCAUGCCCAGGGGCAACGACCUCACCGGCCAGGUGGUCGUUCUAGAAGAGAGGCUCACCAUUCUCUAUAAUAUUAGUGGUGACCAAGUGGGGUCGUACUUCGGGUACAGUGUAGCAGUGGUGGACAGUGACGGUGACCAGCUAAUGGACAUAGCAGUGGGUGCCCCCUGGUACACUGACCCACACUCCUCCAGUGACUACGAGGUGGGCAUGGUGGCUCUCUACCUGCAGACACCUCAGCACAACUUCCAGAGGUCAACAAGACUGACGGGGGUCAAGUCGCGGAGUCACUUCGGUCUGGCCUUGACCUCCCUGGGAGAUAUUGACAGAGACGGGUACCAGGACCUGGCUGUGGGUGCCCCCAUGGACGGCCCAAAGGGCCAGGGAGGAGUCUACAUCUACCUAGGCAGCCCUGAGGGCCUCAGCAGCAAGCCCUCCCAGGUGCUGCUUGGGGAGGAGAUGAGUCGUGGAGGUGCGCCUACCUUCGGCUGGUCCUUAGCUGGAGGUGAAGAUUUGGAUGGUAAUGAGUACCCAGACCUGCUGGUGGGAGCCUACGAUGCCAACAGUGUAUUUGUGUUGCGUGCUAGACCUGUAGUACACACACAUGCCUCUCUCAAGUUCAAAUCUGAGAGCGGCAUCGUUGACCUGGAGGUGUUGAGAUGCUCCCUCCAAGACAGGACGGAGGUACCCUGCGUCUCUCUCCAAUAUUGUCUUAAAUAUACGGGACACCGUGUCCCCUCCACCCUCAAGAUGGAGGUGUGGCUGCAGGUGGACACGAAGGCAGAGCUGGCACCCAGGAUGUUCUUCCUGCAGAGGGAGGGCCACACCCUUCACAACCUCACACUGGAACUCAGGAAGUCUGUUGAGCACUGUGCUACCAUCUACACUUACUUGACGCGUGAUCCUGGAGACAAGUUAACGCCGCUGGUAGCAGAGAUGAGCAGUAGUCUGCUGCAGCAGGACACGCUGCUGCUGCUGCUGCCGGAGGACGACCAGGAAGUGAUGUACCCGCACGAGGCCGCAGCCGCAGCCGCCGCAGCACGCGACACACUGCCUCGCCAGCGUCGCCGCCGCGGCCUGCGGCCCAUCCUAGCGCCUUCGGGGGCGGGGGCAGCGCUCCCCACCGCUACUAUCUACAUUAAGAACAACUGUGGUGGUGAUAAUAUAUGUGUGCCAGACCUGGUUAUUGACCUUAAUAUGGACGCUGCUGAGUAUGUGCUGGGCUCUCCUAGGGACCUGUUGGCCCAGGUGACAGUGCGCAACACAGGUGAAGAUGCCUUCCUGGCCAAACUGCAGGUGAAGGUGCCCAGGGGAGCCACCUUCAGCAGGUUCCUCCUGCAGGAGAACACUGCUUCUGAUGUCACGCCCAUCUGUUCUGCAGUCACCAAGACUUCUUCGGAGGAGGUGAUUUGCGACGUAGGGAACCCACUACCAUCUGAGGCACUGGUGGUGUUGCAGCUGGUGUUCCAACCAACACCUCACCUCCUCAACACCUCCAGCUUGGACUUCCACAUCACAGCCUCUUCCGCCAAUCCCGAGGAUCCAGCCACUACCCUGGACAACCAUGCUGCCCUGGCCCUUCCUGUCACCGUCAGGAGUGAUAUUAACAUCAAGGGGAUAUCCAUCCCUGACGAGCCUUUCGACUACAAUGCCUCCAUGUAUGGUAUUGGUCUGGUCGGGGACCAUGGUCAGCUCACACAUGAACGCCAGGUCGGUCCAGAAGUCAUGCAUGUGUACGACAUCACGAACCGCGGUCCGUCAGAUCUGCCAGCGGCAUACAUCAUCCUGCUGUGGCCCAGCAGAACUCUCUCCCAGGACCCCCUGCUGUACAUGCUGGAAACUCCCAUGGUGUCCUCUCCUGCUGUCUGCCAUAGUCUCCCACACAUCAACUACCUAGGACUAGAGGUGGACAAAGCCUCACACCACCUGCCAGACACAUCAGACAGUACUUCUGGACCAGGUGGCAUUUCCAGGACAGGCAGCACAUCGCCCCGGCUCCCUGAAGACUCAGGUGAGGUCCUCAAUGAUCAAGCAGAGGGCCUCCAUCGACGCCGACACGACCGACACCAUCAGAGGGGCCGUCGGAGCGAUCUGGAUCUGGAGGGCCUGGAGGAGGAACUGUCAUGUGGACCCACUAACUGCACCCGCAUGGUGUGUUCCGUGGCCCCCCUGGCCGCCUCACACAGUGUGGUGAUCCGUGUCAGAUCCAGACUCUGGGUAGACACCCUCCGUAAGGUGGGGAUGCCGCAGGUGAAGAUAUCAUCUCGUGUGAUGGUGGCUGCAGCAAGAGGCUCUACCUCUGGGACCGGGGAGGAGUGGUGGCACCAGAGCGAUGCCACCACUAGUGACCAUCAGACAGCAGAAGACAACAGCAGCAGCAGGAGGGGGCUGUGGUCCAGGACCGUGACCACAGUAGUCAGGACAGGACCUGAGGAACAGAGAAGUUCCCUGAAGUGGGUGGUGGUGGUUGGCAGCAUCCUGGCUGGUCUGCUCCUGCUGGCUCUGCUGAGUACUCUGCUGUGGGCGAUGGGUUUCUUCAAGAGGCAGCGACCCCAUGACAAGACAGAGACGGAACCCCUCAACACCAACGGCUAUUAUGGCAACGGCACCUCCUGAGCACCCGCCCUUGACACCCACCCGUGAUACCCACCUCAGGAGGGCAGCAAGAGAAAUCGUUGAUGAACAAGGGGAGAAUGAUGGUGCCCUGUGGCCAGCUUUCCAGAUGCUCUGUGGUUCCUUGAGGAUUCAAGCCAAAUAGAUGCUGGAUGGAGCUGAGCCAGGCAGAGCCGCCUAGUUGAUCAUGUAGGUUAAUGUGGAGGUGUUGAUAUUUUUGAAAAUUGCUCAACGUUUUCAAAAAUCACUCGACAUUUCCGAAAAUCACUCUGGCAAGGAAUGUUUGUUGCCAGGAGGGGCAGAACAUCUCAUCACAUCCAAGGUAUUUUUGACAUCAGGAGAGUGACAGUUUUUGGGAUCUUGAGGUGAUGUGUUACAAAAAGUUUGUGAUGAAGCUUGCCAGUAGUGAGCUACAAGUGUGGUCACUUGAAAGUGGCAGUGUCACUCCCGGGAAGUGAGAGUCUCCCACUUGAAAGUAAUGGUGUCCCAGCUGGAAGUGGCAAUCUUCCUUCUGCAAGUAACAAUCUUCCUUCUGGAAGUAACAGUCUUUCUGCUGGAAGUGACAGUCUUCUUUCUGUAAGUAAUAGUCUUCCUGCUGGAAGUGACAGUCUUCCUGCUGGAAGUGACAGUCUUCCUGCUGGAAGUGAAUCUUCCUACUGAAGGUGACAGCCUUUCUGCUGGAAGUGACUGACAGUCUCUCCUGCAAGUGACAAAGGCACAAACCCAUUUGAUGAUGGGUUUUGGUUGUGGACCUGUUUAGUGCAUCUCUAAGUUGUGUAAUAUGACUCGAGUUAUAUAGGUGCCUCUGUAACGUUUCUAAGUGCCACUUAAGUGCUGCUGUGACUGUGUAGUGCAUCUGUGACUAUAGUGCCUCUGUGACUAUAGUGCCUCUGUGACUAUAGUGCCUCUGUGAUUAUAGUGCCUCUGUGAUUAUAGUGCCUCUGUGACUAUAGUGCCUCUCAGUGCUGCUAAGACUGCAUUAUAGUGCUCUGAUGUGUAACAAACCUGAGUGUGUACUUAGCAUAUGGCAUCAUCCCUGACAUUAUUAUUGGUAAUUAGGUUUGAUCCAAGGAUGGAGAGGCAGCUCCAGCUCUUGGGAUCAAGAGUCGUUAGCGCCUAAGAGAGAGAGAGAGGAGGACAUGUACAGAUGUGAGAGGUAGUGCCUAAGCAUUUAGUGUUCCACUUAAGUUUUUGUGUACAAGGCUUUCUUAAAGACUUUUUGUGUACAGUGGGAUUUUUUGGGGGGUUAAUGCAGUUGAAAAAGUUCACUCAAAGUUUAAUAGCUCAUACAAGAGGGUCCAGCGUCCAGCUUAUACAGCAGAUUAAGUUCCGGGCUACUGUAGGGCCCCAAUUAUACAGCAGAUUAAGUUCCAGGCUACUGUAGGGCCCCACUUAUACAGCAGAUUAAGCUCUGGGCUACUGUAGGGCCCCACUUAUACAGCAGAUUAAGCUCCGGGCUACAGUAGGGCCCCACUUAUACAGCAGAUUAAGUUCUGGGCUACUGUAGGGCCCCACUUAUACAGCAGAUUAAGUUCUGGGCUACUGUAGGGCCCCACUUAUACAGCAGAUUAAGUUCUGGGCUACUGUAGGGCCCCACUUAUACAGCAGGUUAGGUUCUGGGCUACUGUAGGGCCCCACUUAUACAGCAGGUUAGGUUCUGGGCUACUGUAGGGCCCCACUUAUACAGCAGGUUAGGUUCUGGGCUACUGUAGGGCCCCACUUAUACAGCAGGUUAGGUUCUGGGCUACUGUAGGGCCCCACUUAUACAGCAGGUUAGGUUCUGGGCUACUGUAGGGCCCCACUUAUACAGCAGGUUAGGUUCUGGGCUACUGUAGGGCCCCACUUAUACAGCAGGUUAGGUUCUGGGCUAAUGUUGUAAAGUGAAAAUUGCUUAAAAUCAUCAUUUUAAAAUGCAUAUAAAUGCCUGAUAACAUGUUAACACUAUCAUAUAUUAAGUGAGCAAUAGAUCUAGGGGUAAAAUAUGCAUAUACAGUGCAUACAUUACUUUUAAAUAUUUUCAUAUUUAGCUCAUAGUGAGUGGUGAAUAUAUUUAUUAUUGGAAGUCUGAAUAAAUGAAGAAUGGUUAUAUUUGAAAACUGCGGUGUUAGUGAAAUGCUGUAAAGUGAAGCCCUGUAAUAAUAAACGCUGUAAAGUGAAGCCCUGUAAUAAUAAACGCUGUAAAGUGAAGCCCUGUAAUAAUAAACGCUGUAAAGUGAAGUCCUGUAAUAAUAAACGCUGUAAAGUGAAGCCCUGUAAUAAUAAACGCUGUAAAGUGAAGCCCUGUAAUAAUAAACGCUGUAAAGUGAAGCCCUGUAAUAAUAAAUGCUGUAAAGUGAAGCCCUGUAAUAAUAAACGCUGUAAAGUGAAGCCCUGUAAUAAUAAACGCUGUAAAGUGAAGCCCUGUAAUAAUAAACGCUGUAAAGUGAAGCCUGCCUCUACCAUGAAGGACUCUUUGCGAGAUCUUCGAUUCAGGAAUUAUUUUUUCAGUUGCAUUUAGAAUCAUACAGGAGCGCUGUUAGUGAACUGACUGUAACCUCUACCAUCACAAGAGAUGCCUUGAUGCUGGUGAAGGGCUCUUGAUCCGAGCAAGAGGAAUGAGGCUCUCAAUCCUCAGCUCAAGAGCCCUGAACUGACACCAAUGGACGGCAUCGUAACUCUUGAAAGGGAAAAAAAAAGUCUGUGAAAAAUAAUUACGAUUUAGGAAAUAGCACAAUAGUGUACAUAAUAGUAAUGUAUCACUGUGUAAAUAAAUUAUAUAAAUUUUAUUUAUAUUCAACACUAACUGAGAAAUAUAAA